GUGUGUAAUGUAUACAUGAAAGACGACUUCUGUAUGUAUAUACACGCGGCUCGACCAUUCGAUCUUUCGGGUAUAUAUAGCCGAGUGCCCGCGACAAAUCGGUAAAAAAAACAGAAAAAGAAAAAAAAGAAGAAAGAAAAGAAAAAAACACGCAAGGAAUAACCAGUCGGUGCAGAGAGCCGUUUCGAGUGCAGUCGAACCGUCUCUCCUCCUGUUUUAGAUAUAGACUAGCCGCGCGCGUACACAUAGUUGCCCGUCGAGAUUCACCGCGACGAGACCAUCGCACGCAACGCAGCUAUGCUUGCCCGAGAGAUCAUCCUAUUGUGCCUAAUAGUGACAUUGUCGCUAGUGUACGGUCGAUCGACCGAUCAUGGCACAACCCCGAAACCCAGCAAAAGACCGUACGCGCUCGACGAAGUGAUCGCCACUUCCUUCAGUGGCGAGGGCUUCAACGGCACGUGGAUAUCCGAGACGGAGAUAUUCUAUCGGGUCGACGAGAGACUGCUCAAGUACGAUGUGGCGAGCAAGACAACGGAGGAGAUCGCGUCCGACAAGAUUUUCGACGCUGUAGGAAAUUUCAGGUUCAUUUUAUCGCCUGACAAAAAUUAUGUGCUGAUUCGCAACAUUAGUGAAAGUGUUUACAGGCAUUCGUCUUUAAGCAUCUACCACGUCUACGACCUUCAUAACAAAACGAAGAAGCCACUGGCCAAUGGGCAGCUCCUGUCGACGGCCAUUUGGGCGCCAGUGGGCAGCUCGCUCGCCUACGUGCUCAAGAACGAUAUCUACUAUCAACGAAUAAGCAAGUGGGAAACACGCCGAGUCACUUUUGACGGUCAAUUACAGGAGAUUUACAAUGGCGUGCCCGACUGGGUUUACGAAGAGGAAGUUUUCGGCAGCGACAAGACACUGUGGUUCGCGCCAAACGGCGAGUAUCUCGCUUUCGCCACCUUUAACGAUACGCAAGUGCCUGAAGCCGUGAUCUUGCGAUACGGCAAUCCCGGCGAUUUGAAAAAUCAAUACCCCACCGAGGAUAAGUUUCGCUAUCCCAAGGCAGGCGCCACUAAUCCUGACGUGACUUUGAAUCUGAUCGAUCUGUCGGAUCAUGGCUCUACGCUGAAGCCGCUGCCAACGCCCGUAAAAGUUGUCGGAUCGGAGGCAAUCCUGAACGCGGUGAGAUGGCUGGACAACAAUCGGCUGAUCGCGCGAUGGACCAAUCGCGUCCAGAACGUCUCGAAUCUGGGCAUUUACUCGCUGAACGGCCAGUGGUCACCGCUGGACGCCGAGAAGGUGCCCCACGGCUGGGUGCUGUUCGCUCAGCAGGCGCCGAUCCUCGACAAGGACCAUCUGCUCGUGCUCGCCACGCGGCCCGGCGCGGAGAGCGACAGGCUUGGCUCGUUCGGCCACUUGCUGCGCUACCGCCUGCUCGACGGCGUCUGGGAUGGUGAGGAGGACCUGACGCCCGGUAACAUGUGGGUCCAGGCCGUGCACGGCGUCAACGAUCUCAAGCGAGUCGUCUACUUCACGGCCAGUCCCCCGAACGAACCGUCGCAGAAGCACCUGUACGAGGUUAGUCUGUCGAAGCCACGCGACUCCGAUCCGGCACCGCUCUGCAUAUCCUGCACCAUCGAGACUCCCGAGGGCAACAAUUGCACCUACGUGUCCGUGUCCUUUUCCACGGACUUUUCGCACUACGCUCUGUCGUGCUUGGGUCCGGAUCCGGCUACCACGAGAAUCUUCGAUUACGAGCGUAAGGAGCUGCACACGUGGUCGGCCAAUCGGCUGGUGCGCGACAUGAUCUCCAAGCGUCUCGCGCCCAGGGUCAAGGACUUGUACGUCGAGUCGGCCGGUUUCAACGCUAAAGUCAGACUGCUGCUACCACCUGAUUUUGACGCCAGCAACAAGUAUCCCAUGUUGGUCAAUGUGUACGCCGGUCCCAACAGCCAAAGGAUCAAUGAUAUCUUCUCCGUCGGCUUCGAGACGUACAUGACCACCAGUCGACGCGUCAUUUACGCCUGGAUAGACGGCAGAGGCAGCUCGAACAAGGGCACAGAGAUGCUCUACGCGGUUUACCGUCGCCUUGGCUCCGCCGAGCUCGAGGAUCAAAUUAAUGUCACACGGAAGUUGCAGCAAAAGUUCGACUGGAUCGACAGCAAGAGAACGGCCAUCUGGGGUUGGAGCUACGGCGGCUUCUCGACCGCCAGCAUACUCACAAAGGACACCGGCAACGUCUUCAAAUGCGGAAUUGCCGUGGCGCCGGUCACCAAUUGGAUUUAUUACGAUUCGAUCUACACGGAGAGAUUCAUGGGUCUACCGACGAAAGAGGACAAUCUGCAGGGCUACGAGGAUAGCUCGGUGAUGAAGCGCGUCGAGCGAAUGCGCAACAAGAAGUUCCUGCUGGUGCACGGCACGGGCGACGACAACGUGCACUAUCAGCAGUCGAUGGCGCUGGCGCGCAGCCUCGAGGAGAACGACAUCAUGUUCGAGCAGGUCAGCUAUCCGGACGAGGCGCACGCGCUCAGCCACCUGCUCAGGCAUCUCUAUCACACGAUGGACCGAUUCUGGGGCAACUGCUUGGGCUACGAGGCGACCAAAGUCAAUUGAAAUAAAAAAUUUAUCCCCGAGAUUUAAUUGUAAAAAAAAUGUAUAAAUAUUUAAGAAAUUUAACCGAGUGUUUAUAACGAUAACAACGACGAGCUUUUUUUUAGAGACUGAAUCGCGUGUAUAUUAUAAUGAAAUAUGUAUUAUAUGUGCCGGUGUGUUAGUGCGACGAUAUUAAUGCUGGAUUUUCCGCGUAUAUGCGAUUGCGACAUUUAUAUCGUCGAAAAAGAAAAAAGAAGGAAAAAACUGGUCCAAUGUCAUUUCUGCACUUUUGCUCGCGCACACAUGCUUGGCACUCGAAGCUUUUCUUCUCGCGCUCUCUCUCUCUCUCUCUCUCUCUCUCUAUUCAAAUUACUGUUAUAUGCCCGUGCGAGCACACACCUCUACACACAAAAGUUUCGCAUGCCGUCGUAACCGAGUUUACGCAUGCACUUAUUAUAAUAUGCCCCACGCGAUACAAAGAAGGAGCAGAAGCGGCGGCGUUUUGCUUGCCGCUCGCGCGCGAUGUACUCGUUUCGCGUCGAGAUGCGCUCGCGCGUGUGCUACGUUGGUACCUAUACGUAUAUAAUAACGUCGUACAGCGUUAUACGAACUAAUUUAAACUUUUUUGUUCUGAAUUUCUGUUAGGGCGUGCUCGAAGGCACUGUUGCUAUGUGUGUAUACUGUAUAUAUGUGUGUAGCCUUGCAGUAUAUACACGCCUGUACGUAUGUAUGUAAGGCAUGCCAAGCUUAAACUUGAAAUAAACUUUUAAAACAAAGUUGAAAGCCCGUGUAAUAUGUAGGGUGCAUGCACGCAGCAGCAGCAAGGGAGGGAGGCAGGCAGGCAGGCACCCAAGCAGGGAGGAGGAGUUCUCUCAGGCGCAUCAUGCUAUUGUAAUAACUGCAUUUUGGAUCGCGAAUAUUAUCGACUAUAUAUUUUCCGCGCGUAGCACCGCCGUUAUAUACGAGAUCAUCAUCUUCGUCUUGAAUUUUUCAACAGUUUUCAUAUACGCGUUGCUAUAUAGCUGUGCUGAGGCCGUAACGUAAAAUAUCUCGAGUGCAGGAGUGACACAUUUUUCAUCCGAACCAAUUUUCAAAUAAAAAGAAAAAAAU